AUGACUACGGGCCUCGAGUUCCUGGAAGAGAAACUACACCGACGCAUUUCCCCUGCCUUCCUGUCUCAACGCGUUUCUGGCCCCUUCGAUACGCAAUUUCUCACAAAUCAACUUACUCCUGACGUUCGUAUCAGGCAACCAACGAUGAAGGAAAAUCGUAGACAAUACGGUGUGCCAAAAAACAGGCUCUUACUGGAUUUCGCUCCCGUGAAUCCUUCGAGGAUUCGUGGGCUGAGCCGAUUCGGGCCAGCUCAGCUACUCGGACACAAAAUAAAAAGAUGUCAUUUCGUCCGUCCACAAACCUGCUACCAGUACCAGGUAAGUCAACGAGUCAAGUCGCCCUGCAAUCAUUAG